AGAACAACAUCGACGUUUGUAUUGUUUUAUUUUGUUUGUAUAUUGCAAAUUAUUUGAUAAUGAUUUCCAAAGUUUUAGCAUUUUCCGCCCUCGUAGCUGCUUGCCAAGCAGGAAUCGUAGGAGUAUAUCCAGCAACAUCCUACCAUAACGACUACGAAAAUUACCAAGCCCCAAUCUAUGGGCACGGUUAUGGAGAAGGCCAUCAUGGAUACGAAGUAGAUCAUCAUGCUCAUCCAAACUACAAAUUCUCUUAUGGAGUUAACGACCCUCACACAGGCGACCACAAAUCUCAAGAAGAAUACCGCGACGGCGAUGUAGUCAAAGGGCAUUACACUGUAGCUGAUCCUGAUGGUACCCUAAGAGUAGUCCACUACACUGCUGACGAUGUUAAUGGAUUUAAUGCCGUUGUGGAGAAACAUGGACAUUCAGUGCAUCCAGAACCGAUUCAUGAGGCUCCAGUUGUAGUUGAAAAAGUGGUACCAGUAGUUGAAAAGGUUGUUUAUGAGAAGCCAGCCUAUUAUGGACAUCAUGAUAAUAAUGGAUAUUAUGGACAUCAUAGUAAUGAUGGUUAUUAUGGACAUCAUGGUAAUGGAUAUUAUGGACAUGGAUAUUGAUAUUGAGCCAGAUCUAUGAAAAUGGAUUUUAUUGUUAUUUAUUUUGCCUAAUACAUAUAUUUUUGAAUGGA